CCAACCCAAGGCGUGGCCAACCUGAUCUCCUCCUUGUCAGUCGUCUCUAGACUCUCUACCAGGCUCAGACACCUCCGCUCUACACUGCAAUGGCGCCCAUGUACAUCUCCACGCCCCUCGCCGUCCGCACCUCUCCCUCCCACCUAUUCUCGCACAGGCGGAGAGGCAGCAGUUCAUGCCUGGGCUUCCGAGGACUGCAAUUUGUAACACCUGGUGUUUCUGCUCGGUUGGAUGGGAGGAUACACUGUCAUUCUUACCUGAGGCAAAAUGCAAUUGUGGCAUCAGAGAACGAAAAUCCACCUUUAAUGCCUGCUAUCAUGACUCCUGGUGGCCCUCUUGAUCUGGCAACUGUACUGUUGGGAAACCGCAUAAUCUUCAUUGGUCAAUAUAUUAACUCACAAGUGGCACAGCGUGUCAUAUCACAGCUUGUCACACUUUCUGCUAUUGAUGAAGAGGGUGAUAUUCUGAUCUAUCUUAACUGCCCUGGCGGAAGUCUCUAUUCCAUUUUAGCAAUUUAUGAUUGCAUGUCCUGGAUAGCACCCAAAGUUGGGACAGUGUGCUUUGGUGUUGUUGCUAGUCAAGCAGCGAUUAUUCUCGCUGGUGGUGAGAAGGGAAUGCGCUAUGCGAUGCCAAAUGCUAGAGUAAUGAUUCAUCAACCUCAAGGUGGAUCAGAGGGUAACACGGAGGAGGUGAGGCGACAGGUUGGGGAAACCAUUUAUGCUCGAGAUAAAGUUGACAAAAUGUUUGCUGCUUUCACGGGGCAACCCUUGGAUAUGGUGCAACAGUGGACAGAGAGGGAUCGCUUCAUGUCUUCCUCAGAAGCCAUGGACUUUGGACUAGUGGACGCAUUGCUGGAAACGAGAUGCUAAGAACGUGAAGGGCAUUUUGUUAAUCAUAGGCUGAUGCAAGGAUUGCAAAUUGGAGCUCAAGUUAAUUAGACAACUUGGACGUUUAAACAUCCAGUUUCCGAGGGAUGGCAAGAAGUUGGGAUCAUCAAAGCUUCCUUCGAUCACAAUGUAACUGUGUUCAGUAUGAAUUGCCCCUGUGUUUAGUAGUACUACUAGCAUAUAGAUGUAGACGAGGCUUGUGGGUAUCACAGUUCCAGUUAGAUUGUGCAGAACCAAGGCGCACGUUUUUUCUCCACUAGUCAAAUGUCCAUGUGUUGCCACGGAAAAAGUAAAAUGAAAUGAUACAUGCGAAGAUACAUAUAUCUUGGUGAA